AUGAAAUUUUUAAUAACAUUAUUAGUUGUUUUUAUAAUAAAUAUUUUAUUUGUAAAAUCACAAGUUCAAUAUGUCAAUUUCCAACCAUUUUCAAAUGGUAAAUGUAGUGGAAAUUCACAAGGUAUCGGUUACUCAAUCCAACUUGACACAUGCACCACCUAUGACAGAAACAACACCUACAUGUUUACAUCAUCAUCAAACCAAGUUAAAUGGGCUAAAUAUUCCGUUGAAAACGUAAUUGAACCAGUUUGUUCAGGAUCUGCAACUACAACCCAAACUGUUAAAAUUGGUAAUUGUAUAAAGAAUACAAAUAUUGCAUUUGACGAAUCAUCAUUACCAGCAGUUCAAUAUUUUUAUAAAGUCUCAAUUUCAAAUCAACCAUUAAUCAAUAGUAAUAGUUACAUUAAAUCAUUUAUGUAUAAUGUUGACUCAUGUAAUGAAAAUGAAGUAACCAAUAUUCAAUAUUUUAGUAAUGCAACUAAAGCAAUUGAAAAAUCAACUUCAAGACCAUCAUCAUACUAUUGUAGUGCUUCAAAUCAACCAUACACCUAUUACUGUUCAAUUUGGGGUUGUGGUCCAUCUUAUACCUCUGCAAAUUGUCAACAAAUUAAUUCAACUUCUCCAACUUUAAUUAAUGAAAAUAAUUAUUAUUCUGUAUUUUGUAAUUAA